AUGGCGCCAAAAUCAGAAACCAAUUCAGACUUCGAAGGCAAAGAUGUAUCCUCCGGCCAUAUCGAGAAUUACACCGCCGCCCUGGGCUAUGAGGCUGUCCUCCAUACCAGACGAUCAACCUCAACCCUUGUCUUCCAAUCGCUUGCCAUUGCUGCGCCGCCGUUCGCAAUCGGGACCACCCUGGUGAAUGCAAGCUACGGCGGCGGACCUCUGCCUCUCUUUGUGGGAUGGAUCAUGGUGGUCUGUCUGGCGGAGUGUGUUGCGAUCUCCGUAGCAGAGCUCGCCUCGCGAUAUCCCACCGCGGCAGGUCCUUAUUACUGGUCCUUCCAAAUUGCCGUCAAAGGCAAGACGGUUGUCUCCUAUAUCACCGGCUGGAUCUGGGUGAUUGGCAACUGGAUGACAGCGCUGGGAGUGAACUUUGGAUUUGCCCAGUUGAUUGCCGGUGCGAUUACCAUGUAUAACCCGGACUGGGAGGCUGCACCGUGGCAGCUUCUCUUGAUCCUAUGGGCAAUCCUUCUAACCGUCCUACUCGUCUGCAUCUUCGGCAACCGCUGGCUCCACGUCCUCGACACCAUCUGCGCGGGCUGGAUCGUGAUGAUGCUAAUCGUAAUCAUGGUAACCCUCCUCGUGCAAGCCAAACAAGGCCGGCACGACGCAACGUACGCCUUCAGCGACUUCAACAAAACAAUCUCCGGCUGGGGAAACUUCUCCUUCUUCAUCGGCCUCCUCCCCUCCGCAUACACCUUCUCCAUCGUCGGCAUGAUCUCCUCCAUGGCCGAAGAAACAGCCGAACCCUCCAUCCAAGUGCCCCGUGCAAUCAGCCUCGCAGGCCCCGUCCUCGGCCUCUCAGGCCUCUCCUACAUCAUCCCAAUCUGCUUCACCCUGCCCCCGCUAGAACUCCUCAUCAACGCCCCCUACGGCCAAGCCAUGCCCGUGCUCUUCAAGGCCGUCACCGGCUCCAACGCCGGCGGCGUAGGCCUCCUCAUCCUCGUCCUCAUACUCACCGUCUGCUGCAGCAUCAGCAUCACAACCGCCGCGUCCAGAUGCACCUGGGCAUUCGCACGCGACAAAGCCCUCCCCCUCUCCCCCCUCUGGUACCGCAUCACACCCGACUCGCGGAUCCCCGUGUACUCCCUCUGCCUCGUAACAGCCGUCCAGGCACUUCUAGGGUGUAUCAACCUCGGCAGCUCAUCCGCCUUCACGGCAUUCGUAUCCGUCGGUGUAAUGGGUCUCUCUGUUAGCUAUCUGAUCCCGAUUGCGAUUAGCCUGGUGCAGCGGCGCGCGGAGGUGAAUGGGGCGCGGUUCAGCUGUCCCCCGCUUCUGGGGACGGUGGUGAAUCUUGUUGCGGUGGCUUGGAUUGCGUUUCAGGUUGUACUGUUUAGUAUGCCUGUCGCUGUGCCGACGACGCAGGUGGAGAUGAAUUAUGCGUCUGUUGUGCUGGUCGGGUUUGCGAGUAUUGCUGGGUUUUGGUAUGCCGUGCAUGCGAGGAAGUCAUACAAGGGUCCGCCGGAGUCGGAUGGGAUUGGGGCGUAG